UACAUUCGACCACCACUUUCUAUACUACGACCACGAUAAUUUAUCCAGGUUAUACUACAACUUAUUGGGUAACUACAAAUGGAGUUGCAAGUCCAACUGAAAAAUAUAUUCCUCCAAGUACCGUGAUUAUCGUUAGAAAAGUUACCGCAGAAGCCGUUGUAGAAAUUGUUGGUGAUGCUACUGCUACUACUACUCUUUCUUCUAAUGCUGGCGAUUCAAUUAACAAUAUAUGGAAAGAUAAUUUAAAUCGUAUGAUUAUCUGCUUGUGGGCGAUUGGUGUUACUUUUGUUUACAGAUUUUGA